AUGUCCAAAGACACGGAAGGAAAGAGUGAGAAAAUUAUGGAUAUGGAGAGCAAGGUUCUGUGGUACCCGGAUUCUAAGAGGAACACACAGAUGGAUAAGUUUAGGAUACAGGUCAACCAGGACUACGGGCUUAAUCUGGCCAACUACAGUGACCUGUACCAGUGGUCAGUGGACUCCUACCCAGAGUUCUGGGGAGAGGUUUGGCGCUUUUGUGGAGUCGUGAGCUCAAAGCCAUAUGAAGAGGUGGUGGAUGUAUCCAAACGCAUCUCAGAUGUUCCCGAGUGGUUUAAAGGGGCUCAGCUCAACUACGCUGAGAACCUGCUCAAACAUGCAGACCAUGACAAAGUGGCUCUCUACGCUGCAAAGGAGGCAAAUGAGGAAAUUGUGAAGGUGACUUUUGGAGAACUGAGGCGUGAUGUUGCAUUGUUUGCUGCAGCCAUGAGGAAGAUGGGAGUCCAGACUGGAGACAGGGUCGUAGGCUACCUACCCAAUGGUAUCCAUGCAGUGGAGGCAAUGUUAGCCGCAGCCAGCAUUGGAGCUAUUUGGAGCUCAACAUCUGUUGACUUUGGAGUCAAUGGCGUCCUUGACAGGUUUUCUCAAAUUCAGCCUAAACUGAUCUUCUCUGUUGCUGCUGUAGUGUACAAUGGGAAAACACACGACCACAUGGAAAAGCUAAUCAGUGUUGUGAAAGGUUUGCCAGACUUGCAGAAAGUUGUUGUGAUUCCUUACGCUCGCACCAAACAUGAAACUGACCUUUCCAAAAUCCCCAACAGUGUAUUUAUGGAUGACUUCUUGGCAUCUGGGCGUGGCGAGGGUGACCAGUUCCCUCAGUUGGAAUUUGAGCAGCUUCCCUUCAAUCAUCCUCUUUUCAUCAUGUAUUCCUCUGGAACCACAGGAGCUCCUAAAUGUAUGGUCCACUCUGCUGGGGGCUCUCUCAUCCAGCAUCUGAAAGAACACAUUCUCCAUGGCAAUAUGACCAGCAGUGAUGUCAUCAUUUACUACACUACGACUGGCUGGAUGAUGUGGAACUGGCUGGUAUCUGCACUGGCAGUGGGAGCCUCUGUUGUUUUGUAUGACGGUUCACCACUAAUGCCGACUCCCAAUGUACUGUGGAACCUGACAGACCAGUUGGGCAUCACUAUCUUUGGUACCGGGGCCAAGUGGCUGUCUGUGCUGCAGGAGAGGAACCUGACACCCUCGGAAACACACAAUCUCCAGUCUCUCCACACUAUCCUGUCUACUGGAUCUCCUCUCAAACCUCAGAGCUACGACUAUGUCUACCGCUGCAUAAAGAGCACCGUGCUGCUGGGCUCCAUUUCAGGUGGCACUGACAUAGUGUCGUGUUUCAUGGGCCAGAACCCAACAGUUCCAGUGUAUCGAGGUGAGAUUCAAUCAAGAAAUCUCGGCAUGGCUGUGGAAGCCUGGAGCCCUGACGGUAAGCCUGUGUGGGGAGAGAGUGGGGAGCUUGUCUGCUUGAAGCCAAUCCCCUGCCAGCCAACACACUUCUGGAAUGACGAGAAUCGGAGCAAAUAUCAUAAAGCAUACUUUUCUACGUAUCCCGGGGUGUGGGCCCACGGAGACUACUGUAAAAUCAAUCCAAAGACCGGGGGCAUUGUCAUGCUGGGCAGAAGUGACGGCACGCUGAACCCCAACGGAGUCCGAUUCGGCAGCUCAGAGAUCUACAACAUUGUGGAGGCGUUUGAGGAAGUGUCAGACAGUCUUUGUGUUCCGCAGUACAACGCUGACGGAGAAGAGAGAGUUAUUUUGUUCUUAAAGAUGGCACCUGGUAAGCCCUUCUGUCCAGAGUUGGUGGUGAAGAUUAAAGGAGCCAUUAGAAAAGCUCUGUCUGCCCGACACGUACCCGCCCUGCUGCUGGAGACCAGAGACAUUCCUUAUACCAUCAGCGGUAAGAAGGUGGAGGUAGCUGUAAAACAAGUGAUUGCUGGUCGGGAGGUGACACAAAGAGGAGCAUUCUCCAAUCCUGACUCACUGGACCUCUACAAAAACAUUCCUGAACUGCAAAACUAUUAGAGAUGUGGCUUCACAGAGCUGAAGAGAGGGUCUGCAAAGACACGUAGCCUGAAAAGAUUUUAGCUUUGAUUUUUAGACUAACUUUAUGUAAAUUUACAGGUACAGGGUGAUGUGCAAAGUUCACUGCAUGGGUUCCCUAAACAGGCACCAUGCGCUGCAUACAGGGCAAAAAGGUGAUGAUGUGUGUCAAAAUAAUAUAUAACAAUACCAUAUAAGAUGUAUUAUAUUAAUAAAUUGAUGAUAUCAGGCAGACAGGGAGACACAGUGUUCCACAAGUCAUCAAGCAGCUGCUCAUAGUCUACCAUACUGCACAAUUAAGUGUUGGAAAUGGAACACUGAAGGAGGCUUUGGGUAUAAUAUUGUGUGUUUAGCAGUGCUUGUGAAUAAGAUCAUGCUUUGAAGCCCUUGAAGAAAUGAAACGCAGCAUAAAGUGCUUUGCUUCGGCUUCACACUUUGAUUGUUAUCAGCUACUGAAGAACCAUAUCUCCCUUUGUCACCUGCCUGUAACCUUGAGUGGGUCCCUGAAUAAAAUCCAUGGAGGUGUGUAGAUAAAUACACCCACGCAUCUUGGAGUUAUGCCUCAGCUUUGGCUCAUAUCACAAAAUCAUUUUUAUGUGGUGUGGCUUGCUAUCUUAAUGUGGAUAUAUUUGUAUAUCAAUAUAUAUUUUGGGACUGUGAAACUGUGUUGACUUUACAGUUAUGCCUUUAACGAUAGCCACCCAAACUUGUUAACCAAAGUCAUGGAAGUUGUAUUAUGUUGGUGUAACAGUUCUAGUUUGCUUAAUUCUUGAAUAAGGGAGCCUAGAAAACUAACCUAAUAUAAUAUAAUUUAAUAUAGCUUACUAAUAAGUAAUAUAGCUUUUUUUCUGCCUAAAAAGCUAUCUCAUAUUUCAUACUUGAUUCUGAACCUUUGUUUUCGAAAUCCUCUAUUCAGUGUUGUCCCCCCAUCCAAAACCAGAAUAGGUCGUUAUCUAUCAAUCUGUUGUACCAAGAAUUCAGUCAAGAUGCACAUGUUCAUUUCACCGCAGAAGCCUGUUGUAUACAUUUGUAUCUAUGUUCCAUGAUUGUUACAACGCUAAGAAAAGCAUGUGUUGUACUUUGUACAUAGAAAAAUUUAGUUAUUUAUUUAAAAUUUCCUAAUUAUAAUAACAAAUUCUGUAGCCUAGUUGAUGCUAUUAACUGUAGUGGUUUUGGUCACUAGUAACUCUGUUGAGCAAAAAAACACAAUUCCUUUGGGUUUGAUUUCCAUUUUCCAUGAGAAGCAAAUACCUGACCAGAGUGUCAAUUGUGCAAAGGAACAGAUGUCAGAGAGCCAUUUGAUCUAUGGAUAAGAAUUAAACUGAAAAAAUGAAAAAAUAGG